AACACAAGAAAGAAGAAAAAGGAGAGAAAGUAAGAGAGAGAAAAUCCAUUUGACGGUCGAUUCUCAAUCACCUCCCGUUUGCGUACACUUUCCCCAGUCUCUCGUUUAUGCAUCAUCCAUAAAUCCCAGUCGGGUGUCUUCAUCUUCAAAGUGUCCCUCUUUAUCUGAAAGUUUCCAUCUUUCCUGAAGCAUCAGAUCCGACUACCCUCUGCGAGAAAAGGGAAUCGAUGUUCGUGUGAUAUAUCGUUAGUCGGGAACCUGUGGCGGCAAUCCUGCAAUGGCGGACCCUGGUGACCUUUUACAGCAGCUUGGACCAGACAUGUCCAUAAAUAUUUUUAUGCAAUUGGAUGACCCUUCUGAUCUAGCUCGUGCUUGUGCCGUAUCUCGUACUUGGCACCAAUUCGUGAUUGCAAAUGAACUUUGCAAGAUGCUCUGUUUGAGGAUGUUCCCUGAAGUAUCGUGUGUUACUCAUUUAGUCGAAGUGAAUAACAUGAUAGAGCCUUUAAAAGUAAAAUCUUGCACUUCUCUCGAAUGGGAGCAACGUAAGAGGAAUCAUAAAGUCUAUGCCUUUCUGGCUCGAGGUCUCACAUCUGCUGUCGGGAAGAAUUGUAUAGCAGAGGCUAUUAGUGCAUCUAGCACCGAUAACUACCCAGAGGAAAGUGUACGAAACACUUUGGAACCAAGGGAUAGAGUUGAAUGGAGAGCAUCGUACUGGUCGAGCAAAGGUGAAAGUGACCCCAAAGUUUCAGAGUCUUUGGUGUACAAGUUGAAUGCUAAAUUAUGCAUUGUUACUGAGAUCCAUAUUCAACCAUUUCAAGCAUUUUUUCAGUUUGGAUAUCCUAUAUAUUCAGCUAAGUCUGUCAGAUUCAGAAUGGGUCAUCUAAAGACUCCGAAAAUGGAUAAUGGAACUGUUGAUGACUCUGGAGAUGGAGAUGAAUCAGAGAACAAAUAUGUUUGGACGUAUACGUCGCCAGAAUUUCCAAUGGCUCAGGAAAAUUGCUUGCAACAAUUUAAGCUGCCCCAACCUGUACUUAGUAUUGGAGGAAUCCUGCAAGUUGAUUUGUUGGGCAGAGUCCAGAGACAAGAAAUCGAUGGAUUAUACUACAUAUGUGUAGCGCAUGUCCAAGUUUUGGGUCGGCCGCUCUCCCCCGCAUUUGACGUCGAGAUCGUUGACUCGUCUGGAAGAUGCAUGCUCAAGCACUACCCUGGAGUGGAGAGUCAUGCAUCUUCUGCGAGCUCGACAAAGGAUGAAAGUGGUACGCCUUCUCGGGUCCGGACUCUUACGGCAAUGUUGAUGGAAAGAGGGGUAAGGAGUUGGGAGCAAAUGAUUUUGAGCACAAUUCUGGGGAAUGCAGUGGUUGUUGACUCCGACGAAUCAGACGAAGAGAUUCGUGAUUAAUCUUCAAAUUGAUUCACAUUUCACGUUGUCCAGAUUUUGCUAUUUCGGUUUUUUUUCUGUCUCUGUAAAUCCUACUGAUGUUGUGCAGUUGCUGCUGCGUGUUGGCAUUGCCAAUACUCCUGGAAACACCUGAAGUUACGGAAAUGAGUGAUUGGUGUAUCUGAUCAGAUGUAUUUUGUAUCAUAUGCAAAUUAGAAACUCAAAUUUAGUAUUUCUGAAGGCAUUCCUGAAAAAAUGAGGGAGAGACCGGUGAUGAUUUCAUGCUCUUUGGAA